AUGUCGACUCCAUCAGCUACUGAAAAGCCCGCGCUGCUUAUAUGCGCGUCACCCUACACCGGCCAUGUAACGCCAUUGCGUACAAUUGCUGCCGGCCUGGUACAAAGCGGUUACCACGUCUAUUUCCUUACUGGAGCCGCCUUCUCCAACGCCGUCGCAGCAACAGGCGCCAAAUUCCUACCACUGCCUGCUGACGCCGACCUCGACGAGGCCGAGCUGGGUGUACGCUGGCCCGGUAUCAAAUCGAUGCCGCAUGACAUUCAGGGCCAGGUAGGGUGGAACUUUGAGCACAUCAUGAUUGGUGCGCAUAUGGAAGCCCAGUUCCAGGGUAUUCAGAUUGCCGUUAGUCAUGUGCGUGCUGCUGAGCCAAGUCGUCGACUUAUUGCCCUGACAGACGUAUGGUUCCUCGGCUCGCUUGUAGCCAUGUCGGGGGCGCCGGGCCCCCAGCCAGAUGGGUGGAUCGGCCUAGGGAUGGUAGCCAUGGGUCUCUCUAGCAAAGACUGUGCACCCUGGGGUCCAGGAGAGCUACCGGAUCCUUCGGAGGCUGGCCGUGUUCGCGAUUCUGCUAUCCUCGCCCACAUGCGAGAGGCCUUCGCAGGCGCUCAGGCGCGAUACGAAGACAUCAUGAGCCGCUGCGGUGCCCAACGGAUCGCUGACUGGUUCUGGGACGAGCCGUGGCUGCUCCCCAAUCUUUUCGUCCAACUUUCUCUACCCAGUCUUGAGUGGCACCGAACUGAUGCUCCGUCGACCAUCCGCUUCUCCGGUGGCCUGCCCAAGCCGGCCGUCAAGAAAGGUGGAGUUCGCCCUCCCUGGCUGGAUGAACUGAUCAGCCGGCGCCAGGCCGGGAAGUACAUCGUUGCCGUUAGUCAGGGCACCAUAGCGGUCAAUUUCAACGACCUCGUUGUACCCACUAUGGAGGCUCUCGGUGACCGAAGCGAUGUUUCACUAGUCGUUGCUCUUGGUAGAGCUGGCAGGUCUCUCCCUGCAGAAGUCUACAUCCCAAGUAAUGCCCGUGUCGAGGGCUUUAUUCCGUUUGACGAGCUGCUUCCUUAUACCGACGUUUUCGUUACAAAUGGAGGCUACGGGAGCGUCCAACAUGCCAUCGCACAGGGCGUCCCGCUGGUCCUGGCUGGUGCGAGCGAAGACAAGCCCGAGGCUUCUGCGAGGGCAGAAUGGGCCGGCGUCGCAGUCAAUCUCCGGACGGCCACACCAACUCGUGACCAGGUCAAAGACGCUGUCAACCGUAUACUGGUUGACAAGACGUACGCAAAUAAGGCAAAGCAACUUAAGGAAGAAAUGGAGCAUGCAGAUCCCCUCACUGUCAUCAUCGAGAGCAUAGAGGAUGUGGCAAAACGCCCGUCCCUUGGUUGA